AUGGAAGAUAUGGGUUUCGGCCGGAUAUCGAUCGACGAAACGACAACAACAUCGAGUGACAAGUCGACGUCAAAAUCGAUCGACGCCGCACAUCAAACAUCGAUCGACGACACCCGCUGGAAGCAGGGGACUGAAAUCCCUGUUAAAAUAAACUCGAUCUCAAAAACAGAUCAUGAAACAAAAUUGCCUCUCCAAGACUACUUAAACCCUGGCAGGACCUAUUCAAAUAGGUCCGCCAUUAAAUUACCAAAAGAUGAUACCAAGAAAUCCGGGGUCAGCCUCGAAUACUUAGUCUUGGUACGUCAAAACCCUUUCCGUGGAACCGUCUCAGAGCACUCACACGAUCACAUCGAAUACUUAGAAGAUAUGAUGGAUGACGAGUACAAUCGCUGUAAAAUCUUUCCAUUCUCCUUAGAAGGCGACGCCAGAAAAUGGCUAGACCAACUACCUACGGGUUCUCUAACCUGCUGGAAGGAGAUACGAAAUACCUUCAUUAAUCAAUUCUUCGACGAGACGCGUUACUGGGAUGUAAGGAAGAAAAUCUCCACAUUCCAUCAAGGUCCACGGGAAUCAUUCAGAAACGCAUGGGAGAGAUUCAAGAGCUACCAACUUGAAUGUCCCCACCAUGGUUAUUCAGAACCACAACUAAUUAAUACCUUUUACGGAGGUAUUAACUUGCACUACCAAAUCACGCUUGACACAUCCAGUGAAGGGAGCUUCAGUACCAGGAACCCUGAAGAGGCAAAGCAUUUGAUCAAGAAUGUAGCUACAUGUAGAUCCUACGAGAUGAUGGACGUAGAGCGAGGAAGGAGAGUUGACUCAAUGGAUGGGCCACCUUUAGCCAAAAUCAAAGAAUCUCUAGAUUCGCUUCAUUCUGCUCUAGAGGGACAAAACCAAUUUGGGAUUUACCAAAUUGACGAUGAUACCCUUUAUGAAUUAAAACAACAAGUAGACUUCGUAGAUAUUCCAACCUUGAAAGAUAGGUACCCUAUCCCUAAACCCGACAGCUUUACCCAAAAUUACGAUGCUACUGUUGGAUCACGCCGAGGCAGAGAGAAAUUUAGAUUAAACCAAGCUUUCACGGGAAAUCGGAAAAUGGCCACUGAUCUGAACGGAAAGAUAGACAUAAUCUACAGUGAGCUAAUGAGGAAGUUCGACGCUUUAAGUGAACAAAUUAAGAGACUGGAUGUUAAUGUUGUGUUACUAAGAAGCGGAAAACGCCUCAACCCGAGCACAAUAGAAAUCAACUAUGCAGAGACACGUGCUGAAGUUGAGAAACCCGGUGAAAGUAGGUCACGACCAAUAGCCCUCGAUAGUCUCAACCCAAAAUCAGAAACACCUCGAGAGAAAGAGCGGUCCAAUGCUGAGGAAGCAACCAUCGACCUCGAAGGGGAAGAAGAGGAGUUUGAAGAAGAUGUAGAUAUCGAUCGACAAGAAGGAACGAACGUCGAUCGACCCACUACAGUAAAAAUCGAUCGACAAACUGGAAACAAUGUCGAUCGACACUCAACUCUUGCUGAACCAGCCGUAGAGAGAGUGUAUAGGACUCUACCACCCUUUCCGCCUAAAAACACACAGACUAAGCGAGAAUUAGAUAAGGCGAUCUGCAAGAAAGCAUUCGAUAAAAUUACGUUGGAAAUGCCAUUGAGUGAUGCCAUAAAAGUUUCAUCAUCAAUAAAGAAAUAUGUAAAGGACAUGGUAUCCAAAAGCUUCCCAGCUACUGAACACAGCGUCAUGAUGGUUUCAGAGGAAGUAAGUGCAAUAAUCCAAGGCAAAACCCCGGUCAAGAGACCUGAUCCGGGCAGUUUUGUUCUAGAUUGCAAUAUACGAAAUAAAAGUUUUCCUCGAUCCCUCAGUGAUUUAGGUUCCUGCGUAAACCUCAUGCCGCACUUUGUCGCGAUAUCCCUGGGAUACGACAAGUUCAAGCCUACCAAAAUAACUUUGGUUCUUGCCGAUAGAUCCGUUAGAGUACCUGAGAGAGUAUUUGACAACGUGCCAAUAAAGAUUAACGACUGUCACGUACCAACAGAUUUUGUUGUGCUGAAAUACCAGAAUGAACCGAAAGAUCCCCUCAUUUUGAGUAGACCAUUUCUAGCUACAGCUGGUGCGAUCAUCUAUGUCAAGGAAGGUAGGAUAUGUCUAAACAGUGGAAACAUUCCGAUGACCUUCGACAUGGAAAAGCUGAUAAGACGACCCUAA